AUGGACGCGCUGCUAACAUCCCGGGAAACCUCCCAACCCGGACGGAUGCCGUUUAUAUAUGCUACGGAGCCGAGGAAAUUGAAACACAAGGCUCCGGCCUACUACCGGCCUCCUCUGGCAGAGAUCGAGGUGCUCCUAAGGAGAUCCCCAACAACAGACCUCUGCAGCACAGUGGAGCACAACCAAACUACCGUACAGGGCGACACACUCACCAUCGGGCGCCGUUCUCAAAGAACGCCGGCAAGUACAGUGACAGAAACAAGAGACAUAGGAACCCUACUGCAGCGUCCGUCACAAUCCAAGAUGGUGCACGCAGAAGGCUACUUCAAAUAG